AUGACUGUACCAAAAGUAUUAUGUGAAGAAAGUGAUUUAUCAUUGGAUGUGAUAACAGCAAAACCAUUUAAUGGUAAUAUAUUUGUAAAAGGACGAGCAAAAGAUUCGUCAUGCAAGCAAUCUUAUAAUUACAAUAGUUCUAGUUCAUAUACAUUAUCACUUGGUAAAUGUGGUAUGCAACGUUUACGCUCAAUAAAUCCACGUGGGGUUAAUUUUAUUGUAACAGUAAUUGUUUCAUUUCAUCCAGCUGGUUUUAUUACUAAAAAUGAUCGAGCAUUUCAUAUUAAAUGUUUUUAUAUGGAACCAGAUACGAUUGUUACAUCAGCACUUCAUGUUAGCCCAUUGGUAACGACAGAAUUACAAGAUGAUUUGAAAUUACCCACAUGUGAAUAUACGGUACGACGAGAUGGCAUUAAUGGACCACAAAUUACAUUUGCAAAUGUUGGUGAGACGGUAUUUCAUGUUUGGGUAUGUAAUGGUAUCGGUAUGGGAAUGCUUGUUAAAAAAUGUUUUGUAACAGAUGGCGAAGGCACCGAUCAUUCUGUUUUAGAUUUGGAUGGCUGUUCAUUAGACAAUUUUCUAUUGAAUGAGUUAGUAUAUGAUUCAACAUUGAUGAAAGCAUAUGCUCAAAGUCAAGUCUUCAAAUAUGCUGAUAGUAAUCGGUUAUUUUUUACCUGUCAAAUUCAAUUAUGCCAAAAAACAAUGGGUUACUGUGAUGGUAUUACGCCACCAAAAUGUUCGGAAGAAGCGCAUAACAAAGAAAAGCGCAAUCGUCGCUCGAUUUCACAUAUAAGAUCAUCAUCCAAUGAAGAUAACCAAAUAGAUAGAAGUACUCUUGAAAUGGAUAUUAGUUCAUCGGAAAUGCUUAUUGGUGGAAUUGAUGAUAUGCUAAUUGAAACAAAAUCCUCAUGCUUUUCACCAUUUCUCGUUGCUCUCGCUAAUUUUGUCCUUUUCAUCUUAAUUACCGUUCUUUUGGCUAUUGUUAUAGCAAUGAAGAAGGAAACACGAAAAAUGAUUGUUUGUAUCACAUAUGUUAUCAUUUGCUGA